AAGAGCAGCGACGAAAGCCAGAGGAAGCACGAAAUCGGAAGCGAAACAACGCUACAGAGAAAGAGAGAGGGAGAAAGAGAGGAGGAGGAAAGAAUGGGGUACGUAUUGCGGGUGAGAAUGGCGUCGUUCUUCGCCGGAGCCGCGACGGCGUCGUUCAUCGGCCUCUACAUCCUCCACAACGACUACAAGGUCGCUCAAGAAUCCGUCUCCCACCAGAUGAAAGGGCUUCAUGCCUCGCUGGAUAGACGAAUUUCCGAUCUGGAGAAGUUGAAGCAAGCCAAUGUUUCUGAUCAUGCGGAAGCAGCUGAGUAGAUCCCUGAGUCAUCUUCUUGUUGUUGAUGUGCUGCCGUCAUUAUUUUUGUUUUGCUAUGUUCUCACUAGGCAGUUUCUUUCCAGUUUUUCUGAAAUUUUAGCCCCUAUAAAAGGAAAAAAGAGAAUAACAGCAAUCAAUCCAGCCCUACUGAGAUCAAUUGACAGUUGUUUCUUGCAAGAAGAUCGUCUGAUUUUUGGUUUGGUCAUAGUGUUGUCGUCGUGCGAUCAAUUUUCAGUUGCACUUAAUCAUGCUGCCUUUUUCUAUUUGCAGCAAUCAUAAAGUUUGCUCCUUCGUUCUUCAA